UAGAGCUUAACCCGUAUCCUUACUCAUAUUAAUAUGUACACAAAGCCCGUACCACAAGCGCCAGCCAAGCGAGCCAACAGCCACCACGUUUUUGGCCUGUAGACGCUGUCCUUGACAAUGAGCAGCAACACAGCAUUGCCAAUAACGACUCAGGUCAGAUUGCAAGGCAGGCUUGCGUGAACUUCACGCUUGCCAGGUGCCAGAUGGACCUAGGUUAUGGCGGCCUGCGACGGCAGGCCUUCCACAAGCUUGCCAUACUUACGGCUCAGCGAUCUCAUCACAGAGAAGCAGAUUUUCGUCGCUUGACCUCUUCGAUUCUCCCUGCGAAAAACCAGCCGAAUGGCGUCCUCGAUGGCGUCCUCCGAGCACUUACGCCAACCUCGCGAACAUUAAUCACACUUCGAGAACUCGACAUCCUCCUCGCGUUGUGUGGUAGUGCUCACAAUAUCCACGAUCCUUCCCAUGCCGAACGUCUCGUCAACCAACUAUCUACUUACCUUCCUGAAGCGCAUGCACAACUGUUUGCUCCCUCGCCAUUUCUCCACGAGAUCAAACCCGCGCCAUGGACAGCGCUCACUUUCCAGCUGACCCAAGCUCUUCUUAUACUUGGCCUACGGUUUCCCACUCUCAAAGUCAGAGUGUCAGAGUGUCUUAAGACCUAUCUCUCCAACUGGUCACAGUCCGCCGGAGCACUAGUAUCUUUAGGCGCAGAAGAGCACGACGAAGACAAUGAAGGAGAAGCGCAAGAGGUCGCUGCUAUCACGGUGUCCUUGGUCGGCUUUUUAGAUGCGGCGGCUCUGCACGAGAACUUUUGGUCGUCCUACGAAAGGGUCGAACUCAUUCGUACCCUAGAAGAAUCCUUGUCGGACAAGUUUCUCAUAAGGGUUGAAACAGCUUCCUCUGCCAUACGGACGUCCAUAUCUGCUCACAUGAGUUCGAGAGACUGGAAGAAAUAUUUGAAAAGAUUCGCUGCUCAGGGUCUACCCGUGGGGGCCAUGAUGCUGCAGAAAGGGUUUAUGAAACUUGUGUUGGCUUGUACGUCCAGAAUGCUUUGUGAUGAGCAUACUGUUGAAUGUGGGGAUGUCCUGGAUCAGUACAUUGCUGGAACCCAUCUCGGACGCUCUAGGGACGAGGAUGUUACCGAGGACAUGAUCGAAUAUCUGGUCAGCAUCAUUUCUGAUCAGAUACGUGUCCUUGAAGACGGCUCCGAUUACUUGCAGUUAAGUUCAGCUUGGCAACAGCGUCUCGCAUUUUCAGUCAAAGCAUAUGCCCUGGAGGCUUUUCUCCAUUGUAUGAUUCUAGACGAGGAUCUGGCAGAUCCUGACGAUCUCUUCAACUGGCUAGAGGACUCCAUUGGAAACCAAGCACAGAUGGCCGACAUCAACUUGGCCGACAUUGCAUUGAAGAGCCUCGCUAUUGUGGCCAAGCACGUACCGGAAGAGGCCUCGAAUUUUGCACGUGUUCUGCUGCGGUUCAUAGUUCGUGGAACGUCAACUUCCGAAGCUGUCGCCAUUGCAGCACAGAGCCUGUCACACAUAUUGAAGAUGUUAUCUCAAGACGCUGUAAUCACCACAGUUUACUCGCUGGGCAAUGUUCUCAGCUCACAGACUGGAGCGGAAAAAACGCAUCACCCCUGGGCGGGUGGAGAAAUCAACGGUCAUCACGGAUCUCUUUCAUCCGCGUCUAAAUUGCGGACGGGAAGUGUUUUCUCUCUUUCGUUGAGCGGCGACGAGGAGACUUCUCUAGUGUGCGGAAAUGUCGCGCACGCUAUUGUGGUAAUAGCAAGGGAGUGCAAGGAUCCUCGAAUAACAGCACUUGUGCAGACAAUGAUGAUACAGAAAGUUGGAAGAAUCAGCUUGCCAGUCGAUGCUCGAAUCAUAGAGCAAUCUGCGAGACUCUCGAUUCAGGGCAAAGAGAAUGAGUUCAAAACUCUCCUUAGGCUCUACUCAAGACUUCAUCGCGAAGCUUUGCUCCAGGACAACAACCUUAUCUUCGAUGCUGUUCGGAAUGCCGAGGAGUACUUGGCCUACAACAUUGGCAGUCGGUCGCCGCUGUUCAAGAUCUUCGCGACACACUUGCUCGAGCGGAUCCUUAGCAAGGGCGAUGUCGUAGAAGGCGAGUUCAAACAGUCAGCAGAGGUCGAACAAGCAGCCAAAGAGAUAGCACCUCUUCUGAAACCACUUUCGAUUAUUGCCUCGCGACGACCUGUAUCAUCUCAGGAAGGCGGUUUCAUUGAAGAUCCUGAUAUUUUGGCCAUGAGUCGUGAAGUUUGGUACAAUAUUGCAGUUCAUGGCAUCACGCUCCAAUCUCGCAUUGGUCAGCAGUAUUACCACGAACUUCGCCUGCUGGCUAUGAAUUCCAGACCAUUAGUCGAUGACGACCGCGCCGAGCUGCUGGAGUCGGAUGUUGAACUGAACACUGUACUUCGCCGAGGAAUGAGCCCACAACACACCGCAGAACAAAGGAAGAAUCUCAUUGCUGCAAUCCCCGAGAGAGAUUCCGACGUCCGACAAUUGAGCUACCAAAAAGUAGUGUUCCUCAAUGCCGUUUUCCUCGUGGAAAGCCUUCGAGCUACCUCUGGGAGCUGUGCCGAAAUCCUUGACUACUUCACCGAUCCGACAACCCAGACCAGCCACAUGGGUUUGUGCCUCACCUCGAUCGCCAACGAGGUAGUCAAGAGGUACACCUCAAAGGUGAUUGUUGGGGGUGAGAUGGAAUUCAGUGCACCUUAUGUGUCUCGACAACUAGCCGAUAUCCUGAGUGGCUGUUGUCACAGGAGUGGCAAAAUGCAGGAGGUUGCCAGAACAGCCACGAAUCAUAUCAUCUCCUUUGCCCCCUCGGCACUCUGUCAGAAGGCUGCUUUAUUCGCCUUGCUGGAACUCUUGUCUCUCAUGUGGUCAAGCUGUCUAGACGCAGAUGUGGACGAAUAUGAAUGGAGACCAUUCCUCACAUCCACCAGGGGCAAAAUUACAAUCGAGUUGUCAGACGAUUACGCCUUCAGGAAACGCACAUUGAACACCCUGUACAGUGAUGCAAAGAAAUGGGUCGCAACUGUUAUGGGAGUGGCACCACUGGAUGUUAAAGGCCUCCUCCAGACUUACCUUUCAGAAUUCGAUGACACGGGUGCUUAUGGUCAUGUCAGCUUGGGGAGGUCUUUUGCGCUGGAGAUGGGCUCCAUGAUACCUCCACUCGAUCAUAGGCUUAGUGCACUCGACCAGAAAGGCGAUUUCACUCAUAUCAACAUGGCUUCAGACUUUAUGGCGCAGUAUACUACACGUCAAGAGUAUCGGUUCACCGGUAUACCCGACUAUCAGCUAGGCAACGUCCAUAUCGAUAAUAUUACCGGACGAAGAGCCUCAGUAGGACGGCAGGCCACUGACAAUACCUAUGUACUGAGUAAUGUACUACUCGAUUUGCACAAGCGUACAGAACACAAGACGCAUGUACAGGCUUCCGAGGUGAAGGAUGUUCUACGCCGUGCUGCGGCACUCUUGUGUCAGAGUAAGAAGUCUCAAACGACGAUAGUCCACCACCUCGUCCACAUACCUUUCCAAAUCUUUACGAAGGAGUCCAUUAAAUUGGGAAUAUCUCUUUGGCUAGGUGUCAUUCAUGAGAAUCCCAGAAUGGAGCCUAGAAUCUUGAUGGAGGCCGCCCAGGCUUGGGAGAAGACGAUUGACCGCAAGGAAGGGAUUUUCAACCCAAGUUUCCGGCACCACGACCCGUUCUAUGUCAAGGAAGAGUUUGCACCCACUGACAAGGCCGCAAUUCAAAGGCAAGCUCAGAACGCCCACAAUACUAUUUCGCCGCAUUUUCGAUUAUUACAAUUCUUCCAAAGCCAUUUCAAUUCGAUCAGGCUUGGAAGUGGAAAUACACAACGCAAUUUCGUGCGCAUGCUUGAGCGGACUUUGUUGGGCUUCAUUCACAUCAAAGGGCACCCGCUUCUACGUGAGAUGCAGUUCUCACUUGUGCACUUCGCGUUGCGAGUUCUGAAAACUAGCACUUGUAUCAGUAAGCUUUACAUGUGGAAGCUGAGGGACUUGAUUCUCUCUGUUGGCCUUCAGUGGUUCUCUCAUCCGCUGUCAUGGUCUUUUGGGGGCAACCGCUUGCAACUCAAGGCUGAAGUUCAGAUCAUGCAGGAUGUGCUUGUAUCCUUACAGAGUGCCAAACAGCCGGUCUUAGCGACUGCUGUCUCACGGAAAGACCCCCAACAGAAACAGGACCUACUCGAAGCUCUCCUCCAAAACGAGAUUACCCGUCUCAAUGUUUGGCUUGCACCUCUAGGUCAUGCAGGUCAUCAAACCCAUUCGGAGGCUCAGAUUGCAGUGUACUCUCGCACUGCAUGGCUCGAGAACCCCGCUCUAGCGGUGCAGCUUGUGUCUCGAUUUCCGAGUGAACAACUCCGCCGGGAUGUACGAUUCUUGCUUCUCAAUUUUACCGACAAAGCUUUGAACGAACCGGACGCGAUCGACCUUUUGAUUGGGGACAAACUACCGUCAGAUGUGUCCGGUCAAUUGAAAUAUCUCCUUUAUUGGGCGCCAGUUAACCCGAUGCAAGCUGUCACGUACUUCUUGCCCGCAUUCGGAAACCAUCCUUUCGUGCUUCAGUACGCUAUGGGUGCACUCGAGAGCCACUCUGUGGAUGUUACGUUCUUCUACGUUCCUCAGAUCGUACAGAGCCUUCGAUAUGAUGCCUUGGGCUAUGUCGAGCGGUACAUCAUUGAAACCGGAAAGUUUUCGCAGCUUUUUGCCCAUCAAAUCAUCUGGAACAUGAAGGCUAAUGCGUACAAAGACGAAGAUUCCCAAGAGCCAGAUUCUGUCAAACCAACGCUUGACAAGGUCAUGGACAGUUUGGUCUCCAGUUUCUCUGGCGCAGACCGAGACUUUUACCAGAGAGAGUUUGCUUUCUUCGGCGAGGUUACGGAUAUCUCGGGCAAACUCAAGCCAUUCAUCAAAAAGCCCAAGCCUGAAAAGAAAGCCAAGAUUGAAGAAGAGUUGCGCAAGAUCAAAGUUGAAGUGGGCGUCUACCUUCCAAGUAACCCUGAUGGUGUUGUUGUCGGCAUCGACCGCAAGUCGGGAAAACCGUUACAGUCUCAUGCUAAAGCACCUUACAUGGCAACCUUCAGAAUCCGCAAGACCAGAGAAACACCCGAGAACGACCCCAGAUCCAAUGCCGAGACAGCUUUCAAGGCCAUUCAUGUGCCACGCAGAGGCCACAGCCGGCAGAACACAAAUGAGAUAUCGGAUCUUGGACUUGACGACAAUCCACGAACGUACGAGGUCUGGCAGAGUGCCAUCUUCAAGGUCGGAGAUGAUUGCCGACAGGACGUCCUUGCACUGCAAAUGAUUGCGGCAUUCCGUGGCAUCUUCAAUUCGGUUGGCUUGGACGUGUAUGUGUUUCCGUACCGAGUUACGGCAACAGCCCCUGGUUGUGGAGUAAUUGACGUCCUUCCUAACUCCAUCAGUCGUGACAUGCUGGGCAGAGAGGCGGUCAACGGCCUUCACGAUUACUUUAUCACGAAGUAUGGCGGCGAGCACUCGAUCCGAUACCAGGAGGCCAGACAUGAAUUUGUGAAAAGUAUGGCUGCAUACUCGGUGAUCAGCUACCUUCUCCAGUUCAAGGACCGACACAACGGGAACAUUAUGAUCGAUGACAAGGGCCAUAUCCUUCACAUCGACUUUGGGUUCUGUUUCGACAUUGCACCAGGUGGGGUCAAGUUCGAACGAGCUCCAUUCAAGCUGACUCCCGAGAUGAUUGCGGUGAUGGGCGGAGAUGAUCCCAACAUUUCACAGUCGUACAGAUGGUUCGAAGAGCUUACGAUCAAAGCAUUCUUGUGUAGCCGGCAGUACUGCGAAAAGCUGAGUCAUCUCGUCAGCUUGAUGUUGGACAGUGGUUUGCCUUGCUUCAAGCCCGAGACGAUGCGCAACUUUAGAAACCGGUUCGUCCUUGAUAAGUCGGACAGAGAGGCGGCCGAGUUCAUGCUUGGGUGUAUUAAGAAGAGCGCGGGGAAUGUGUCUACCAAGGUCUACGACGAGUUCCAGCUUCUCACGAAUGGAAUUCCCUACUAAGAGAGAGUAGUGACAGGGCUAGGCUACUUAUUAAUAGGGUGAAAUCAGGGACAAGAAAUUAGAUGAGCUUGUAAUGGGCAGUUUUUUUUGGAUCCAUUUAGUCUCUCUGAUGUGUACACUAUCCGUUUCCGUAUCCUUAGCUAAGCCACGCACAAACAGGC